AAAGGCUGCAGGGGAGGGGACAGCCAAGCACUGAAGCGCUUCAGACUUCACCGUGUAGAGAGCUGGGUUCAGAGCCAUGUCCGAGCCGGAGCAGGGCCAGGAGCCGGCGCUGGGCACAGAGGCCAGGCCACGACAGCCAGCCCAGCCGGCCCGUGCAAGGCAUCUGCAUCCAUCUGUGCUGUCUGCUUUCCCCGAGGCGCUCUGAUGAGGAGCUGGCAGAGCCCACCCAGGGCCAGGCAACGCGCCUCUGUGUGGUGGUCAGGGUGCGGCCGCUGAGCUGCGCAGAGCGCAGCAGAGGGGACCGGCAGGCGGUGCAGUGCCCUGGCGACAACACCAUUGCGGUGAGUGCCUCCCCCCGCAGCGCAGCGCCUGCAGGCAGAGCUGCCCCUGAGCCCAGGCCUCUCUCCCGCUGCCAGGUGCACGAGGCAGGGCAGGAGGCUGCAUUUGGAUUUGGUGCGGUGUUCGACGCCGGUGCAGACCAGGCCGAGGUGUUUGAGGGCAGCGGCGUGAAGCGGCUCGUCGAGCUGGCGGUGGAUGGGUUCUCCUGCACCGUCUUUGCCUUUGGACAGACAGGCUCGGGGAAGACCUACACACUGACAGGGCCCCCGGCUCAGGGUGAGGGCCAGGUGGAGCCCAGCCUUCGGGGUCUGAUGCAGCGCUCCUUUGCCUGGCUCCUGGAGCAGAGCCAGUGCCACAGGCCUGAUGUUGCUCUCAGUGCGUCCUACGUGGAGAUCUACAAUGAGCAGGUGAGGGACCUGCUGAGCCCAGGACCCCGCUGCCCUCUGCCCCUGCGCUGGAGCAAAGCACGGGGCUUCUACAUCGAGGGACUGCUCAGCACGGAGAUCGAGGGCCUGGAGACCAUCAUGGACCUGCUGCAGGAAGGCACACAGCGGCGGCAGAGCUCCGCACACACGCUGAACGGGCACUCGAGCCGCAGCCACGCACUGCUGACCGUGCAGCUGCAUGCCCGCGGGGAGGCGACAGGCCCAGGGACCAGCUCCUGCCUCGGCCGGUGGGGCACGCUGCGCUUCGUGGACCUGGCCGGCAGCGAGAGGGUGAAGGACACCGGCUCAGUGGGGCAGCUGGCCCGGGAAGCCAACAGCAUCAACCGCAGCCUCCUGGCCCUGGGGCACUGCAUCGCACGGCUGGCGGAGGGCCAGAGGCGCCGUGCCCACAUCCCCUACCGCGACAGCAAGCUCACCCAGCUGCUGGCCGAUGCCCUGGGCGGUGCCGGGGUCACGCUUAUGGUUGCCUGCGUCUCCCCGUCCUCACGGUGCCUGCCAGAGACGCUGAGCACGCUGCGCUAUGCCAGCCGGGCCCGCAGGGUCACCAGCCGGCCGGUGGCAACACGGGUCUCCCGGGAGAGGCGACUGCGGAGCUUGGAGCAGGAGAUCCAGGCCCUGAGGGAAGAAAACCUCACCCUGCGCCGGCAGCUGCAGAUGCCCAGGACACCGGGCAGGCCCCCCGGCACCCUCACCACUCCCCUGAGUGCACAUGGCUGGGGCAGGGGCACUGGGGCACCUCAGGCUGUGGGCCUGGCCCAGGCCCCUGGCCAUGGCACUGACACCCACCUGCCCGUGUUCCUUGCAGACAGGCCCGCUGGCACAGGCAGCACUCCCAGGCCAAGCGGGGUCCCACAGGGGCCACCUGGCAUGGGCUGGCACAGCCUCCUGCAAGACCUCCUGGUGGGGAACGAGGAGCUCAGGCACUUCGCACUGCUCCGCGGCCGCCACUGCUGUGUCCUGGCCCCACGCUCCCAGGAGGAUGCCCAUGUCUCAUGCCCCGGCCUUGUGCCCUGUACCCUGCCCAGCCAUCCCCCAGCACUGGGCAGGGCCCUGCCAGAGCUCCCUGGUGCAGCCCCUUCCCCGCCCCGGAGCAGGCAGGGCGGCACGGCAGACUCAGCACCCGGCUUGUCCUUGCAGCCACUGGUGGAGCUGCCAGUGCUGGAGGGGCUCACUCCUGCGAGCGGGGCCCAGGGCCGGCAGCCCAGCCCCUGGAAGAACCGCGCUUCGCCCUGGCCCCGGCAGCACCCCACGGACCCCCAGCCACGCUGGCGGAGGAGGAGCCCAGGCAGAGGCAGGAGCUCCGCCGACCAGCGCCCACCGAAGCAGCCUCAGGGCACCACGCUUCCACCCCCGCCGCAGGGGCAGGUUGUGCCCUCAGCGCCCCCCUGGCCCGAGGAGCCAGGGCAGGAAGCAGAUGCUGUCCCAGCGCUGGAAGAGGCACUGGCCUUGCUGCCAGAGUGGACCCAAUACUGCAGCCUGCUGGGCCCCAGCUCUGCUGGCCAGGAAGCCAGCCAGAGGCCUUGAGCACUGGCUGGACGUGAUGACUGGGUCCAUGCAGCCGGCGCCCGACGCUGCACACAGACUCCUGCCCCCUCUGCAGAGCGCCUGCGUCCAGGCUGGCGCAUCGUCACACUGUGGACUGAGGGUCACGGGCCCUGCUGGUGCCAGGGGAGCUCUCACGGCUCCAGGCACGGCCAAGCAACCUGCAGCCCCCAGUGGAGAUGGACGGACAGACAGACUCAGCUGCGGCACUGCCUCAAC